AAUAAAUAGAAAGACAUAAAAACCGGAUGGUUAACUUUUGAAUGUUUUAGUCCAUUUAUUUUAUAAAUUUUAAAAAUAUGCAGGCAUUUUUAAAAACUGGUAAACUUGGACCAUCCGAAAAAAAACCAACGACCAGUGGAAAAACUACCAAAGCACGUACAGCACCAUGGGUUGAAAAAUAUCGACCACGGACCGUUGAAGAUGUUGUCGAACAAAAAGAAGCUGUGGAAGUAUUAAAACAAUGUAUGUCUGGUGCAGAUUUACCAAAUUUAUUGUUUUAUGGGCCACCUGGAACUGGUAAAACUAGUACGAUCCUAGCAGCGUGUAGACAAUUAUUUGGUGAUAUGUACAAAGAAAGAAUCCUCGAAUUGAAUGCAUCGGAUGAACGAGGUAUUCAAGUAAUUCGUGAAAAAGUUAAGAGUUUUGCACAAAUAACAGCGAGUGGAAUUCGUCCUGAUGGUAAAAGUUGUCCACCAUUUAAAAUCAUAAUCUUAGAUGAAGCGGAUUCAAUGACACACGCAGCCCAAGCAGCACUACGUCGUACAAUGGAACGUGAAUCGAAAACCACUCGAUUCUGUUUGAUUUGUAACUAUGUGUCCCGUAUUAUACCACCAUUAACAUCCCGUUGUACAAAGUUCCGUUUCAAACCGUUAGCGGAAGAGGAGAUCGUGAAACGUUUAAAACAUAUUUGUAGCGAGGAGAACAUCACAUGCGAACCACAAACAAUGGAUUUAUUGGUACGAACCAGUGGUGGUGAUUUACGUCGUGCCAUCACAUGCUUACAAAGUUGUUCCCGUUUGAAAGGGGAUCAAGUAGCGAUCAAUAAGGAUGAUGUGUACGAAGUGACUGGUGUUGUUCCAGAUCAAUGGAUACAAGAUUUUAUUGAUAUUUGUAAACAUAAAAAUUAUUCGGAUGUUGAAACAUUUGUCAAUAAUUUUAUAUCGGAAGCGUAUUCAGCUGGUCAGUUCUUGGAGCAGCUCAAUGAAAUUAUUAUUUACUCAAAAGAUUUUACAAAACAGCAAAAAGCAAAAAUUUGUGAAAAAUUAGGUUUAUGUAAUUUUCAAUUACAAGAUGGUGGAUCUGAAUAUUUACAAUUAAUUGAUCUUGGUUGUACAAUUUUAAUGAGUAAUAAAAUGAAAUGAUAGAAGAAACUUUAUUUUGAAGACUACAUACAACCUCCCUCCCCCCACACAUAUCUUAAAACUACACAAAAUUUACAUACAUGGUUUUAAAAGCUCACACGGAUCUGUUUUUUUCCCCCGGUUAUAACGACAUUGAAGAGGGGGGGGGAGAGGUAAGAUCGAAAAAUUAUGUUGGUUUAUAAUAAAAUUGAUCGAUAUGUGGUUUUUCGUAUGUUAGGCCAGCCAGCUUAGUUAGUCUCGAAUCCAUUGGAAUAAAUCGCCGCCCGUGUUCCAUUUCUGAUUCUGUAAAUUUAAAUUAAGGUAA